UCGAUUGGGAGUUUGCACCUUCUCAUACAUACAAACUCCAGCACAAAACACUGGGAGAGACACGAUCGAGCAGCAACAAAUGGGUAGGAAACCUUGUUGUUCCAAAGAGGAGGGACUGAAUAGAGGAGCGUGGACAGCCACUGAAGACAAAAUCCUCACUGAUUACAUCAAGGCUCGCGGUGAAGGAAAAUGGAGAAGCAUUCCUAAAGCAGCUGGUUUAAAGAGAUGUGAGAAGAGUUGCAGACUUCGUUGGCUGAACUAUUUGAGACCUGGCAUCAAGAGAGGCAACAUUACACGUGAUGAAGAAGAUCUCAUCAUCAGACUCCACAAACUCUUAGGGAACAGAUGGUCUCUGAUAGCCGGGAGACUUCCGGGGCGAACAGAUAAUGAAAUCAAGAAUUAUUGGAACACCGUUUUAUCAAAGAGGGCGCAAGUGAAAAAAUUCGAUCAUACCAAUAAAGAUGAAACGAAACAAAGAUUCAUCAGCUGGUCCAAGAAGGCGCCAACAAGUUCUGGUGUUAUCCAAGCUAAGGCUGGACGUUGCACCAAAGUCUUUACCACCCCUCAACAGCAAGUAAUUGGAAGAGGUGAAAACAAUAAUAUUGCCCGUACAGCUCCAUCCACCGACGCCAAGUUCGUGCACGAAACUGCUGUAGAAUCUGGAUUCAGUGAUGGGUCAUUUACAUUGCUGUCGUCCAAGGAAGAAAAUCCUUCUAUAUCAAAGUUCGCUAUGGAUUUUGACAUUGGGGACAUCAACAUUUCAGAAGCUCUUGCUUCUGACUUUGCACAGCUUGGUGACUUUGAAUUGCGUGAUAUAAACUCUGUGAUAUAUGAAUACGGGACAAACGAUUGCGGUCAAGCACUUUUGUCAGCGGAGGGAAUGGUGGGAAAUUGGAGCGGCAAUGAUUGCGUUGAAGCUAACUUGGAUUCAGAUUUUGGAUUUUUGGCUGCUUUUCUUGGGUCCGCUGAACUCUGAAGACUUAACGAUCUGAUUACAUUGUUGGCAA